AUGCAGGCCUGCGUGGUGCCUCCUCUGCUUCAGAACAUGAUGGGACUCAGUGAAGUGGCCAGGGCCACACAGACCCCAGACCUCAGCAUCCAGCAGCACCACAGCCCCAGGCUGCCACCGUGCCAUGGAGCCAGCCUGGCAGCUGGGCCCAAAGAGGGCCCGUCCCAACAUGGAGCCAGGCACUGGCCCCCGAGCCAGCGGAGGCUGGGCAGGCAGUGCUCCCUGGGGCUGUGGGCAGGACUCCUCCCGCACCAGCAGCCUCUGCCCGGGCACUCUCCACAGGCCAGCUCUCCCCCACCGCAGCGGAGUUGUGGCCGCCAGCCUCUGCUCAGCGUGGGACCUUGGGGCACAGAGCCAUAUACCUCGCCCUGUGGCCGCCCUUUCUCGGCCCUUCGCCGUCUCCACUUCAGGAAAAGCCGCACUUUAAACCCCAACUGCCUCCUGCCCGCACCCCCACCCUGGGCCGAGGUGGGGCCUCAGCAGCCUCGGUGGGUGAGGAGCAGGUGGUCUGUUCCCUUCCUGCCUCUCUCCUUGGGGCAUCUUGGGGCACAGCUCUGGAAGCACCACCCUGCCACCCCCCUGUCCUGAGGGUCUCAUUUCUUUGGAGGCUCCCAGCAGGAUGGCUGGGUCCGUCUUGUCCUCGGUCUCCCUCAUUUUAUUUAUGUUGGUGUUUACAGUUCGGAGUGGGGUCCCUGGGCAGGCAGCUCCGCCCGGUGUUGGCAGAGCGGUGCUGUGUGAGCCUCUGCGGCUGGACUCGACCGUCCCUCGCCCCACCGAGGCCACUGUGACGCGAGACUGCCUUUGCCCAAUGCUAUUUUAUUUAUUAAACUUGAUUUGAAGCCC